AUGCGCUUGCUCGCGCUGCUCCGCGCGGUCUUUCCGCUGCUGCUGGCACUGGCGGCUGGAUGCUGCGGCGGCGCCAUCGAGCCGUCGGCGCUCUCCGAUCUGCUCUCGACCGACGCCGCGUGGGCGUGCGCGAUGGACGCGCUCGUGGCACUUGGCGAACCGCUGACACCCACCGACGUGGCAGCCGUCUGUGCGUCGCCGCCUUGCGUCGCCUUCUUACGCGACAUGCGGCCACUGUUUUUGACCGGCAGUACUACCUGGUCCACCGAUCACAGCGACGAUGCUGUCGCCAACCUCGCCGUCCUCGUCGACGCAUGCGAGGACAGUGCGAGCUGCAGUCCCGAGCAAGACAUGCUUACACAGUCGCUGCUCGCCGAGGUGCGCAACCCCCACUGCGACGCCGCCAUGGAGGCCCUCGGACCGCGCAUGACGCGAGAGAGCUUUUGCACGCUGCGGCCUUGCAUCGACGCCCUCCGCGCUGUCGCGCCGCGCGUGCCAGCGUGUAACAUGUCGCCGACACUCACGGCCUAUAUGUCCGUCCUCCACGCGUGCGACGCUGGGAACCCCUAA